AACGAAACACAACAUAACCUUUAAUGGUUGACAGUUACAUUAUCGUUGUGUUUUAUUUCUAUAUUUUUUAAAAAUAUAAAUUUGAUAUAAUAACAAUCGAUUAAAAACUUGUUUAAUAGAAGUUUAAUACAGAAUAUUGAUAGACAUUAGCAAAAUGUCAGAAAACGAAGUAGAAAGCUUCGAAAUCACUGAUUACGACCUUGAGAAUGAAUUCAAUAUUAAUCGUCCUAGGCGUAAAUUAUCAAAAAAACAACAAAUGCUUGGUGUUUGGGGCGAUGAUAGCGACGAAGAUGAAUUAUCCGCUAGACCAUCGUUUAAGACAUUUGAUAAAGGACCAAAGAAUUAUACGACUCCUGUAAAUUUUGUAGCAGGAGGUAUUCAACAAGCUGGGAAGCCUAAAGACGAGACAAAGGACAAAGAUGACGAUGAAAGCGACAACGGGAGCAAAUCACAAAAAGAAUUUCCAAAUAGUUCAAGUUCUGAAGAUGAGAAACCGAGUUCUGUGCAUCAACGUACGUCGUUUUCGUUAAAUACGGAUGGGGAUAUUGCAGGUUUACGUAAAAAGAAGCAUAAAGUAAACCCCUUAUUAAUGCAAAGUGGGAUGGGAAGUUGGGAAGUCUAUACAAAAGGUAUUGGUGCCAAGUUGUUACUACAGAUGGGCUUUGAACCUGGAAAAGGAUUGGGUAAACAGUUACAAGGUAUAAGCGCGCCAGUUGAAGCACAUCUGAGAAAAGGUAGAGGUGCGAUUGGUGCUUAUGGACCAGAAAAAGGUCCUAAAGUUGCAGAAAAGAAAAAAGACGAAGAAAUAGAAGAAGGGAAAGAUCCCAAAGCUAAAUUAUCACAGUGGAGGAAAGGAGAUGGAAAUACUGUUAAGAGAAAAGUAAAUUAUAUAUAUCGAAGUGUUGAUCAAGUUUUGGAAGAUGGGAAAUUGAAACCUAACAAAAAGGCAAGAAUAUCCAACAAGAUGAGUAGGGUUAAAGUUAUAGAUAUGACUGGCCCGGAACAAAGAAUUCUUAGUGGAUAUCAUGCUAUAGCUGGAAGUCAACAGCGACCCGACGAAAACGUCGUAGUUACCGAUAAAAAGUCCAGAGUUAAUUUUGCAUUGCCAGAACUUCAGCAUAAUUUAAAUAUACUUGUGGAUAUGUGUGAGCAAGAUAUUAUACAAAACGAUAGAAGGACACGGCAUCUAAGUGAUAGAGUAAUUGCACUAGAGGCAGAGAAGAGAAACUUGUCUAAAGUUAUAGAUCAACAUGGUCAGGGAAUAGAUACGUUAGAAAACGUUCUUGCAAUCGUAGACAGAUUGAUGGAUGAAACAAAUCAAUUAACAUUACAAGAAACUGCGGACGCUUUUAAAGAUUUACAAGAUAAAUAUUACGAGGAAUAUAAAAUGUACGAACUCGGUGAAUUAGCUAGCAGUUUUGUUGGUCCAAAAAUAAAAGAUUGUUUGAUUAAUUGGAAUCCAUUGAUGCAACCAAAACAAUGUAUUAAAUUAUUCGAUCAAUGGAAAAGUAUCUUAGAGAGUGGUACCACCAGCACUCUUCAACCAAGAACUAUGUGCCCGUAUGAACAUCUUGUUUGGAAUUCGUGGAUGCCAUCGAUCAGAGGUGCUAUACAACAGUGGACAUGUAGGCAGCCAGAACCACUAAUUGAAUUAAUAGAACAUUGGAUCCCACUACUUCCAAAUUGGAUAUUAGAAAAUAUUUUAGAUAUGCUGGUUCUCCCCAAACUCACUUUGGAAGUAGAAGAAUGGAAUCCCCUUACCGAUACAGUGCCUAUUCACACAUGGAUUCAUCCUUGGUUACCACUUCUACGAAAUCGUUUAGAUACUUUAAUAUAUCCAAUAAUACGACGUAAAUUAGGAUCCGCAUUGGGUGGUUGGCACCCGUCUGACAGAUCUGCCAGAUUAAUGUUACAACCAUGGUCUAAUGUUUUCGCAAAAGGAGAUAUGGAAGCCUUCCUGGUGAAAAAUAUCAUCCCAAAAUUGCAAAUAGCUCUUUCGGAAUUUGUUAUAAAUCCCCAUCAGCAACAUUUAGAUCAAUGGAACUGGGUAUACGAAUGGAAGGACUUACUUCCAUCUCAUAUAAUGGCAGGCCUGUUGGAUAAAUUCUUUUUCCCUAAAUGGUUACAAGUUUUGGCCUUGUGGCUAAAUCAUUCUCCUAACUUUGAUCAAGUUACAAAUUGGUAUAUGGGAUGGAAAAGUAUGUUGAAUGAAAAAAUAUUGGCCGAACCGUUGGUGAAAGAACAUUUCAAAAAAGCGUUAGAAAUAAUGAAUAGAGCAGUUUCCGUGCCACAGAGUCAUCAACCGGGUGCAAUGGAGCAAGUUUCCUAUUUAACGAGCUUAGAAAGAAGUCAACCUACUAUGUCACAAAUGCCUUCAACAGCUCAACCAAGAAUGGAGAGACUUGCCGAAGCAGUUAGGACAGUAUCACAAAUACCUCAUGGUUUCAAAGACCUUGUACAAAAGAAGUGCGAGGAAAAAGGUAUAUUGUUUAUGCCAAUACCGAAUCGGUACAGGGAAGCAAAGCAAGUUUAUAAAGUUGGUAAUGUCCAAGCUUAUAUAGAUGGAAAUGUUUUAUUCGUUUGUCACAAUGGCAUGAAUUGGAUGCCAACACAUCUAAAUGCUUUACUAGACAUGUCUGAACUUUAAGAAUAAUUAUAAUCUUAAUAUACUACAUAAUUAAUGUAGUAUAUAUUAAUAUUUUAUAAUUAUGUAAUGU